UUUAAAUGUUUUUAAUCACAGAUUAGUUUUGGUGUAAACGCAAUGGCGUGUUUCCUGCACGCGUGUCGUCACCAAAAUGAGGCCAAAGCCCGGAAAUACAUAGCGAAGAUUUUAUGGUUAUUAAGUUACGACGAUGACAAGAACAGUUUAAUCGAAGCCUUGGACAAAUAUGCUGUCGGAGUUCCACCAAUCCUGUGGCUACCUUGGACGCCACAAUUGUUAAAUUGUUUAAUGCAACACGAAGGAAAUGUUAUAUUAAACCUAUUAUGUCAAGUUGGUAGAAUGUUUCCUCAAGCUGUCUAUUUUCCGGUUCGUAUACUUUAUUUGGCACUGAGAACGGCUAGUGCUAGGGAAACCAACACAGUUCAACAACAACAAGCCUCUCAGGAGUCGCAGGGUGGAGAUAGUAAUCAAGGUAACCAUUUCUACUAA